AUGGACAAAUCUCAAAUCAUUGCUCUAGCGCUAAAUAUACUCAACACAAAUAGUUGUGUUAGUGAUUUUGGCAUUCAUAUUCCGAAAAUGAAACCAUGCAAUUUAUGCGAACAAGAGCUCAUCACACAACCGGAUGGGUUAAUCAAAGAAUUUACCAUGAUUUCGGAAGUCAAACUUCCAUGGAUGUGGACGCUGAUGUAUUACUUACGCUCAAACGAAUUAGAAAUGUUAGACGAAGAGGUGCAAAUACUGGGUCAGAAAAAACGUUCUAGGGAAGUUAACAGAGGUAAUGAAACGGACGCAUCUCUUGCAUCUACCGCAUCUACCGAAAAAUCAUCUUGCAAAAAGGCUAAAAAGACUGGUGGAAAGAAAGAAUCAGAUAAGCUAAAAAAAUUUAUCGAAGAAUAA